AUGAGCCUUGAUCCCAGUGCCUUUCCGAGGUCGAACUCCCCCGCAAGCUCCGAGAGCUCCUUGACGCGCCCGCGCCUCCAGGGCAAAGAAGGGUCUUUGAAGAAAGACAAGAAUUACCGCCGCUAUGCGUCGAGUGUCGAACGAGCCUUGUCGUUGUUCGACAACGCCCUCCAAGAAUGGGCCGACUACAUCUCCUUCCUCAGUCGCCUGCUGAAGGCACUUCAAACACAUCCGCCCGAUCAGCCAGUCGUCCCUCAUAAGUCGUUAGUUUCGAAACGACUUGCCCAAUGUCUAAACCCGUCAUUACCAUCCGGCGUUCACCAAAAGGCGCUUGAGGUCUAUACUUACAUAUUUGGCUUGAUAAAGCUCGAGGGAUUGUCGCACGAUCUGCCGCUGUACCUGCCUGGCCUUGCACCCACCCUGACCUUCGCCUCUCUUACCGUUCGGCCACUUUUCCUAUCUUUGGUGGAAGGAUACAUCGUUGACUUAGAACCGUGGGCCAUUCGGCCGGCGUUGAAAGCAAUUAUUCUGGCCCUGCUUCCUGGCCUGGAAGAGGAGACAAGUGAUGACUUUGAACCGACGCUACGCAUAAUCAACAAGCUGCGCGAUCUUUCCGGAUACCUCGAGACCCAACGGACAUCCGAAGCAGGCGCUUCUGGGCAAUACUUCUGGCAAUGUCUUUUCCUGGCUUCAAUUACGAACUCCAGCCGACGGCUCGGCGUUCUGGCAUAUUUGAACCGUUACCUUCCGAAGUUAGGUAUUGCAGAUCGUCGACCGAGUGUGGCCGAGACCGGGGAUUUCAGAGAUAUUCCGCCCGAGAUGCUCGCAGCAGCCGACUCUGUGAUCCUGCCCGAGCCCGGCCUGUUGAUCCGCUGCUUUGCAUCGGGCCUUUCUGAUGACCAGCUACUGGUCCAGCGGAAUUUCCUCGAUCUACUAGUGACUCAUCUUCCUUUGAACUCACCGAUUUUGCAAACUCGGCUUGCCGAUGGCGACCUUGAAACAUUGAUCGUCGCUGCUGUGGGUGUGGUUACUCGGCGAGAUAUGAGCUUGAACCGCCGCUUGUGGUCGUGGUUUCUUGGGCCGGAGCCUGCAAGUGACGGACCCUCGAUUGAUGGUCGGAAAUUCUCUUCGGAGACUACCCGUUCAUCCUCUAUUGAUGGCGGGGAACUCUCCCAAUCCAAAUAUUUCAGCCGAGUGGGUUUGCAGCCAUUGGUCAAUGGUCUUCUCAAAAUGAUCAAACAAGCUCCCAGGGCCCCAUCUGAACGGACAAAGCCUUUCCGGAUUUCACUCUCCUUGAUGGAUCGUUGGGAAAUUGGGGGAUAUAUCGUUCCGGCCGUUUUCCUUCCUACCAUGCAUAGCGUUCAGGCAUUUGAGAAAGAAGCGCCCAGAAACCACUUCGAAGAAGUUUUCCGCAGUGCAAGUGCUUUCUUUGAUGGGGUGGAAAGCAGUGUAAUUUUUUCCGAGCUCCUGCAUCUAGUUGACUUCCGCUCGAAGGACGUGGAGCAUGAUCACGAUCAAGUCCUGCGCAGCUUGGAUCUGGCACGAUUCAUUCUUGAAAAUUUUAACGUGCGAGAAGAAGACAUGGUACAUGUCCAUGUCCCUCUACUGACUGUUUCAGUGCUUGUCAAGAUGAGCGAAGUUGCAUCAAUGAACACUCAUGUCGAGAAACAGGCCGUAUCUAACGCAUUGAAUGACGUGCUGCAGUCACUGACUCCAUUGCUCACGGAAAGAGCCUUCUCGAGAAAGACCGGUCAGGAGAAAUCGAACGCCGAUGGCAAGGCCCGGAAUGCCGAAGUCUUGGAUAAGGUGCACCGCUUCUAUGAGAGCAGCAAGAACAGCCUUGAUCUUCCACCUCUUCCGUUUGCUCCGAGGCAAAUCAGCGAGAUGAUCAUCCGGGAAGCCCAUGAUCUUUGUGUCGGAGCCCUGGAAGACGAUGAUGGCAGUUCAUCUCUCAAUGAGAAACUCAAUAUUCUUGUUACGUUAUUGCAGAAACUUCCAAAGUCGCGUAUUCUUCGAGACAGACGACUCUAUGAAGCUAUCUCCCAAAGACUGGCAACGAAAAAUGCCAAAGCGUCCACUGCAGCUUUCUCUGUCAUUUCUACCGUUGCCUCUGCUGUGACGAACCUGUUCUUCAUCCAUGCCCCUGGCUUCUACGUAAGCUACGAGGAUGCAUGCGAUCUCAUCCCCAGCCUCGUUGAGCAACUAUGGCAGUACCUGUCACCAUCAAGUCCGAAGUUCCAUGUGGAGGCCGUGCGCUGUUUAUGGCUGCUUCACUCGAUCUCUUGGAUCGACCAUCUCGUUGAGGCUUCUAUUACUUCUUUGAUGGUCAGUACAUCGGCUGCGGGAGCUUAUAAUCUCUCAUCGGAAGAGAAGGCAGAGAAGUUCUAUGUUCUAUGGAAUCUUAGCCACCACGGCACGUAUGAACAGCCCCCAAAGCAAGUGCUUGAUGUCGGAGGCUCUUUGUUCUCCUAUCAGUGUACCAUGUUUGAACGCCCACUCUUCAUUGUUCUGGAUCUUUUGUCCCAGGAGCGUGGCGAUGUCUCCCAGAGUGUUCAGCAGUGGCUACAAGACUUGCCUACCAUCCACAAGAUCUUCCAUGUUAUUGUUUCAAAACUUGAGGAAAUGUUCGAGCGUGAUACCCCAAGUGAAACGGCCCGAGACAAUCAAUCCAUCUCUCCAGACGAUUACAAAGAGUGCUAUUACUUGCUGCGAACGGCUUCCAAUAUCAUCUCUAUUCUUUCUCAUAACGGCUGGAUCAUUCUUCUGUCUCAUACCCUGGGCCAGACUGAGAAUCGCCCUGAUACGGCCAAGUCUGAAGACAACGCGAACGGAAAAAGUCUUCAUGCAACCUUCUUUCAAGCUUCUCUUAGAAUCAUCAGCGACCAAGCACCCAACCAAACACAAGCCACCGCCGAAGGCGAGAGACUGCAGAAGGAGGCACUUCAUCUCAUGCGGCAACUUCUCCUGGGCCCUGGCGCAGAUGAUCUUGUGGAAUCUGGAAUAGAUGAGUUCCUGGUUGAACGUCUUCUCAUUGUAUCUGAAGGUGGCAGCGUGGCAGUCCAAGGCGCAAUCAUCGAUGCACUACUGGCUGCUCUGAAGGUGCGGUUCGCUCAGGUGUACUUGCCACCGCCGCCUCCUCGGCCCAAACACCAGCGAGCUAGCUCUCGUGAACGCUUAACAAGCCCGUCCAUUUUGUCUUUUACCAGUGAUAAGGCAGAAAGGAAGUCUUCAAUGUCUCAGCUACCUCGCCCGCCUGAGCGGCUUCUCGAUUGUCUUCUCAAGGGAAUCAGUUCAGCCGGAUCUCGAGAAAUCGUCGACAAGUGGAUCGGACUUCUCUGUGAGGUUCUUCCUCUCUACUCGGGCUCGAUUUUCCAGAUUCUACUCAUGCUCGUUGAAUGCUUCUGCAGAGAGAUCAGGGCAUCAUUUGGUAGACUUCAACUCGCAUUCCAGCAAACAGAAGAUUGGCCACAGGAUCGCUCUGAACAUGUCACCAUUGCUCUACUAACUGGCCUCGAAACUUGCAUUGCCAACGCUCACGAACGUCUACUGGUGGAAGAGUCGAAUGUACCCGCGGUAAAGAGUCCGGAUCAGCCUCAAGGCUUCUUCGGGAACAUGGUCUCGGGAGUGUUCCACUCAGAGGGUAGCCAGGGCCGAUUUAACACUGCCAAUGACCGAUUGACCGUUUUGCUCUGUUUCCAGGAUGCUGUUCGUCUUUGUUUCUCUAUUUGGGCCUGGGGUGCUGGGGAUAAGAGUGGCAUCCCUCCUGAUUCAGAAUCAAUGGCGUCAUUCCAGUAUACGUCUUUGCGAAUGCGGAACAGAUCGCGACGGAUUCUGGAACAUUUCUUUACUGCGGAAGCUCUCGAGUGUCUCGAGACGCUAGUUGAGAUGUGGACCAAAUCCGACAUGGAAACUGCCACUCUCAUAUUCAGCCUUCUGCAUACCCUCGAUGGAUCACGUCCAAAGAUCGCCAUUCCGGCGGUUUUCAACGCCAUUUACACGCGUACGAAUCCAAGCGCUCUGGACAAUAAUCGCAAGUCUUCUUUGACGUCCAGCCUUUCCGAGUCUGAGCUUGCCAGCUUCUUGGUCGCUUAUGCACGCUCUCUGGAUGAUGAUGUUCUGGAUGAGAUCUGGACCGAUUGCACAACGUUCCUACGCGACGUACUGAGCAAUCCCUUCCCGCAUCGGCAGAUCCUUCCGCGACUCAUUGAAUUCGCGGCUAUUUUGGGUGCGAAGUUGGAGAACACAACCUUCGGCGAGGAUCGGCGUAUGCGCAAAGAACUCGGAGAGGUGCUCCUCCGGCUGCUCACGGCGGUCUUCACCAGCAAGCCUCUGGGGCUCAACCAAGACAGCGGUCUCCUGGCGAGAUCGUCUGUGGACUACGACCAAACGGCAGUCUCACACACCGGGCCCGACGAUAUGUUGAGCAUUCUCGCGGUCUCCAUGCCAUCAUUUAUCACGACUCUGGGUGAUUCGGACCGCAUCAAUACUGCCAUCAGCGGCAUAUCGACCAACGUGGUCGGCCCUCUCAUUCGCUCCCGUCUGUUCCCCAACAACCUCAAUCGCAAUGUAAUGGUCCUUCUGCAGCAGAUGGCCAAGGUGCCCGCAGCAGCGAAGGUGUGGAAGAAGGAUAUCGCAGACGCACUCAACGACCCGCGUUUCUUCGGUUUGCAAGUCGACCUGAUCAAGAGUACUUGGAUGGAUCUUCUGCGGCAAUGGAUUCUCGCCGACAAGGAGCGCCUGGCGGAGCUGUUGGCUCGACUUCCGCCGCCCAGUACAGCUGGAAUCAUGUUCGGCGUAGGAGCUUCUGCAGCGCGGCUGGAAGCGGAUCGCAAGGCACAGCUCAAUCUUCGCCGCAUUGCGCUGCUUCUUCUGUCAGCUAACGAUGAUUACUUUGUGGGCGAGCUGCCAGGUCUUCUCCAGAAGCUGGAGGACCUCCUAGGUGCUACUAGCUCUUCUUCACCAUCAUCUGCGACGCGUGCGGAGAUCUUCAUGGUUCUGCGUGCGCUCGCGCUAAAGACUUCAUCCUCCGCGAUGGCUCCAUUCUGGCCGUUGAUCAAUAUGGAGCUGCAGGAAGCCCUGUCGGCUGUUCCGCGGGGCUCACAGUCUGAGCUCUAUACCCCCUAUUCCUUGUUGCAGGCAUGCAAGCUGCUCGACACACUACUAGUCAUCGCGCCCGACGACUUCCAACUCCUCGAGUGGCUCUUUGUCACCGAUACCAUUGACGCAGUGUACCCCCCAGACCGAUGGGAACCUAUCGCCCUGGCCGACGAAGUCUCCCAGAGCUUCGGACCACGUGGUGUUCUCUCGCCGACCGUAUCGCACGAACCGGCGGAGAUCGUAGCACGCAGCGGCCUUAAACGGCCGUGGCUUACCUCACACCAAAUCCGGGAAACGGCCAAGGACGAGAUCGUUGAGCGGGUCCUGCGACCGUUCUUUGACCGGCUAAGUAUCUACGUGUUUGAGAGUACGUAUGGUAUGGAGAGCGCGGAUCUAGGCGUGUGCCGAGAUGACCUACUGGCGGACCUGUUCAACGAGAGCACGAUGGCGAACUGA